AUGCAGGAGCCAGAUUCAGAUUGGCCCAACUUUCUGAAGUUGAAGGAAGAAGCAAAGUCCCCAGAGAAGGCCAAAAGCCCUGUCAAGGAGGAGGCAAAAUCCCCAGAGAAGGUCAAGUCUCCUGUGAAGGAGGAGGCCAAGGCUCCUGCAAAGGAGGUCCCAAAGAAGGAAGAGGCAAAGUCCCCCGUGAAGGAGGAAGAGAAACCCCAGGAGGUGAAAGCCAAAGAGCCCCCAAAGAAGACAGAGGAAGAGAAAGCUCCAGCCACACUGAAAACUGAGGAGAAGGACAGCAAGAAAGAUGAGGUGCCCAAGAAGGAGGCUUCAAAGCCCGGGGUCCAGGAGAAGAAGGACCCUGCUGUGGAAAAGCCCAAAGAACCCAAAGCUGAAGCCAAGAAGGAAGAGGCUGAAGAUAAGAUAAAAGCAACCACCCCAGAGAAGGAGGCUGCUGCCAAGGGGAAGGAAGAAGCCAAACCCAAAGAGAAGACUGAGGUGGCCAAGAAGGAACCAGAUGAUGCCAAGGCCAAAGAACCCAGCAAAGCAGCAGAGAAAGAGCCGGAAAAGCCAAAGAAGGAAGAGACGCCAGCGGCACCUGAGAAAAAAGAUGCCAAGGAGGGCAAGCCCACAGAGGCCAAGAAGCCUGAGGAGAAACCCAAAGCAGAGGCCCAAGCCAAGGAGGAGCCCAGCAAGGAGGCCUCCACACCAGGCAAAGCCAAGGCAGAAAAGGCUGAGAAAUCCUCUAGCACAGACCAGAAAGACAGCAGGCCUCCAGAGAAGGCCACAGAAGACAAGGCCACCAAGGGAGAGAAGUAAGGCAGGGAGAAAGGAACAUCCAGAGCAGCCAAAGAAACUCAGGAGGGUCUGGGAGCUCAAGGGUUGUGUAACGAAUUUUCAUUUUUUCUCGCUUUUCUUGAAGAAGAAACUCUGCUUAGACUAUGGGCCCUCCUUCACCAAACAGGAAUUUCUAUUAGCAAUGUGUUAGCAAGAGAGGG